UUCGGUAGGUCCAAGAUGACGGAGCCGGGCGCCUCUCCGGAGGACCCCUGGGUCAAGGCAAGCUCCGCGGACGCGCACGCCGGCGAGGGGAGGGCGGGUCGGGCUCGUGCACGUAGGGGGUCCGGAAGACGCGGGGCUCCCCAACUAUCCCCAGAGUCUCCCCUGCUGUCCGGGCCCCGGGGCUGCAGAGAAGACAGCUCUCACCCGGCGUAUGCCAAGGUCGAGUAUGCCUACAGUGACAACAGCCUGGACCCUGGGCUUUUUGUAGAAAGCACCCACAAGGGGAGUGUAGUGUCCAGAGCUAAUAGCAUCGGUUCCACCAGUGCCUCUUCCGUCCCCAACACAGAUGAUGAGGACAGUGACUAUCAGCAAGAGUCCUACAAGGAGUCCUACAAAGACCGGAGGCGGCGAGCACACACUCAAGCUGAGCAGAAGAGGAGGGACGCUAUCAAGAGAGGCUACGAUGAUCUUCAGACCAUCGUCCCUACUUGCCAGCAGCAGGACUUCUCCAUUGGCUCCCAGAAACUCAGCAAAGCCAUCGUUCUACAGAAGACCAUCGACUACAUCCAGUUUUUACACAAGGAGAAGAAAAAGCAGGAGGAGGAAGUAUCCACACUGCGCAAGGAUGUCACAGCCCUGAAGAUAAUGAAAGUGAACUAUGAGCAGAUUGUGAAGGCACAUCAAGACAACCCUCAUGAGGGGGAGGACCAGGUCUCUGACCAGGUCAAGUUCAACGUGUUCCAAGGCAUCAUGGACUCCCUAUUCCAGUCUUUCAAUGCCUCUAUCUCUGUGGCCAGCUUCCAGGAGCUGUCAGCUUGUGUCUUCAGCUGGAUUGAGGAACACUGUGAGCCACAGACUCUACGAGAAAUUGUGAUUGGAGUCCUACAUCAGUUGAAGAACCAGCUCUACUGAUGGCUCCUGGAGACCUGCAGGCCAGAGGGCUUUGGUCUGUUUGGCUGUGGAACUGCUGGGCCUAUGAGACUGGACUGCAACACCUCACACCGGUCAGCUGGUUUCUACUUGGUGUUUGGUUUGCCCAGCCCCACUUCAGUGAGGCUGUUCUCUGAAGGCCUCUCAUUAAUUUAUUAUAUUGCCCAGUGUUGGACCCACCCAACUUUCCCCUUCCCCGGAAAAGUGUCUAGAACAAGAGCCUGUUCAGGGACCCUCACAAGAAGCCCUGGCCCCUCAGCCCUUUCUCUAGCCGCCGGGUUUAUGCUCACAAUCUCUAUAUAUAAUUUGGAAAUUGUUUGCCUCUGCUUGGUCUCUUGGGCAACAUUUGGCUCAAGUUGGAGUAUUUUGGCAGUUUUUGACUUGGGAAAAAGGAGAAGAGUCUCGUGGCCACGAAGGGUGAAAGGCCACCUUGUGCCUAGGCUAGUGCUGUGUGGUUAGCACUGAGCAAAGCCAGGGCUUUCUAGCCAGCUCAGGGUAGGGAUCCCAGGGUCCUGCUGUCCCCUCAUGUUCAGCCACCUCCUGUGGGUGCCGGAGGAAACAAUGUCCCAAGAGCUCUCACCCUGUCUUACCGAAGGCAGGCGUCUCACAGCAUAACACAUUUGAAUUUAUUUUCUAAACACCAACAGUGCGCUUCUGUUAGUUUCCCCAAAUUCCCAGUGACCCCCCGAGCAGCCAGCCGUCUCUGUGUGCUGUGUCUGCUCAGCUACCAGCACCAGUGUCGCCUGCAUUCCUCCUAGAACUUGGGGAUAGCUACAGGAGACACUCAGGUCAUCUGGGGGGUAGGCCUGGCUGAUGCCUUAGGGUUCCCAAAUGAUGGGUGUAUGAAAACCUUUCUGUACUUUUCUCCCCAGUGUUCCCUGUUGCCUUCCCCAGGUUUGAUAUCUGGGAGGUUUGAUAAUCCAGAGGAAAUUAAGUAUUUUUAUAUCAAAUUAUAUUACAAUAAAUAUUCUAGAUAAUUUCCCUUA